AUGAGAAAAGCCCUUGGCCAAUGGGAAGUAGCAAUAGCAUUUUGUCUAUUCUUCAACUGGACUUUUGGAGAUCUAACAAAGGUCACUUGCUCCGGCUGGGUCUGGGUAGAGCCGGCCCCCAUCUUUGAGAUGGGAUUGAAUGUUUCUAUCAUCUGCCAGUCCACUCUGCGACACUGCCAGCCGAGGGGGUUCCAUUUGUAUAAAACCAGCAAACAUGUCCAGGACAGGCUUCACAUGAAAAAAAUCAACCAAACAACAGCCCAGCUCCGGCUUAGCAACUUCCAAGAGCCCAGGGCCCAAGUGUUCUGUACGGUGGCAUGUGCCAGGCAGGAUGGAGAGACGCUGAUAUGCGGGAAAGACAUUGCUUCUGGCUACCCUCCCGCUGUUCCUGCCAAUUUAACGUGCUUCAUUUCUGAACAUUCUGGCCACAUGACGUGUACGUGGGAUGCAGGGAAGCCUACCUACAUGGACACCCAGUACAGCGUGCAUGUGAAGAGCUUGCAGACGGGAGAAGAACAGCUCUAUCUCACCUCCAAGUCUCUCCACAUUUCCACCAACACGCUACGGAGCGGUAAACUGUACUCCGUGUGGGUCCGAGCAUCAAACGCCCUCGGCGCGGAGGAGUCCGACCACCUGCGAGUGAAUCUUGACGAUAUAGUGAUCCCUGCCCUCCCGGUCAUCACGAGGGCUGAGGACCUCAGUACCUCCGUGCCCACCACUAUCAUCCAUUGGCAACAUCUGACACUAAUGGCUGGAGUUUUCUGUGAGAUGAGACACAAGGCGGCCACCAGCCCAUCUUGGAAGGUUAAAGAACUGGAGAUCAACCUGACCUCAACACCAUACACAGAGUUGGAGCCCAACACCAAGUACGAGUUUCAAGCUCGCUGUCGACAGAGGGGGAGAGGGUACGGGCAGGAGUGGAGCGUGCCCUUUUUUCACAACACCCCGGCAGCAGCUCCCCAGGUCGACUUGAAAUCGUUCCAAGACGAGCCUCGCCAUGUUGUACUCAUAAAUGCUUCCAUCUUUAAAGACCCUUUGAUUUCCGGCAAUAGAAAUCCCAGCGCUGGACUUCUGACUGGAAUGGUCCUUGGUGUCACGGUGCUAUCUGCUCUUUUCUUGACUGUGAUAUUUAAACAAUCACUCAGAGUUAGAAUUAAAAGAAGACUCCUGUUGUUCCUACCAACUUGGCUUCAUGAAGAUGUUCCCAAUGUGAGAAUUAAUUGUGCCCUGAAAACCCUCCAGGAAAUAAAUGAAUUUAUAAUGAAUCAUCCCGGUGAGCCGUUCCUGGAUCCGGACCCAAUCAUCACAGAGGUAGAAGAAACCUUCCUCCACAAAGAACGGCCACCCGCACACUCCCAGGUGGAAAGCACGGCCGAGCUCGUGGCCAUCGGGGACCGCCUGGAAAGCUCUCCGCUGGAGGAUCUAACCGUGUCUUACCUCCCAGCCCCCAGCACCGGCUACAAACCGCAGAUCUCCCAUUUGUCUCCUUUGGAGAACCCUCCCUGUGAGACGAGCGAGCCGGGAAUCUCAGCCCUCGAAUUCCGAGGCGAUUCCCUGGGCUUGGGCAAGAACGUUGUGAUCAGAAACUGUCCGAGCCCAGUUUUCCCCAGCUCCAGCCCGAGUGCUGGGAGGGACUUUUUAUCCCUGGAAAAAAUAGGCCUCGUCCUUGACCACAGUGAAAGUGGUCCGGUGGAAGGACCAGAAGAGGCCGACGUGGAGGCUCUGAUGCUCCUGGAAAAACAGCCGUCCAGGGAGAGUCUUCUGGAGCAGACCCUGCUGCCCGACGCCCUGGCCUCGUGUUUGAGGGUCACCGGUGGGGAGGAGGCCCCAGAGGUACGCUCUUACUUUCCACAGAGGUUCGGAAGGCCAUUUCCAUAA